AGAGACGCGACGCUCUCCAAGCGCAAUGGGAGAUACGGCAGCUGCGGCCACGACCUUGCAUCCGGAUGAAAUGAAUGCGGCAGCGGCUCCCACGUCCCUCCAUCUUCCGCCAUUCCCGACUCUGUACAUCGGCGACCUUCACCCGGCCGUCACUGACGCGGAACUCAUCUACGCUUUCACUCGCUUCGGCACCGUCGCCUCCGCCCGCGUAUGCCGCGAUCGCGCCUCUGGCACUUCCCUCGGAUAUGCCUACCUCAACUACCUCUCUUUCUCUGAUGCCGAGAAAGCCCUCAAGGCGAUGAAUCACUCCCUUCUGCACGGUAGACCUAUGCGGAUCAUGUGGUCACAACGGAACCCAAUGUCUCGGAAGAACGGCAUUGGCAAUCUCUUCGUGAAGAAUUUGGAGAUAUCGGUGAGCGGGACGGUGCUUGAGGAUCUGUUCGCGGUUUAUGGAACAGUGGAGUCGUGCAAGGUAGCAAUAGAUGGGUCUGGGAGGAGUAGGGGAUUCGGUUUCGUUCAGAUGGACUCAGAGGAAGCGGCUCAGUUGGCCAUUAAAGCUCUCAAUGGCGUCAUCCUCCCUGGUUCAAGCAAGAAGCUGUGUGUAACAAAGUUUGUUAAGAAGAGCGAGAGGCAAGCACUGACUGAAGGACCAAGAGACACUAACCUGUACAUCAAGAAUCUGGACUGGGACAUCACAGAUGAUGUUUUACGGCAAAGGUUUUCUGCAUAUGGCAACAUCAGUAGUGCUGUUGUAAUGAAAGAUAGAGAUGGAAAAUCCAGAGGAUUUGGAUUCGUCGACUUUGAGUCACCGGAGGCUGCUAAGAACGCUUUGGAAAAUCUGAAUGGCUCAGAUCUAGGAUCGAAAUCUUUAUACGUUGGAUAUGCUCAGAAAAGAAGUGAGCGUGAUAAAUUGCUAAGACUUCGUUUCGCUGGUAGACCUGAGCACAAAUUUACAAAGAUUCAGGGUUCAACUGUCUUCGUGAAGAACCUUGAAAGAUCAAUUGAUAAUGCUGCCUUGAGAAGAUUAUUUUCUGAAUCUGGCAUGGUAUUGUCGACAAAAGUGAUAUAUGAUAAAAAUGGACUGAGCAGGGGAUUUGGAUUUGUAUGCUUCUCCUCGGCUGAAGAAGCAAAUGAGGCUGUUCAGAGAUUCAAUGGGAAUAUGUUCUAUAGCAGACGCCUUUAUGUGACAAUUGCUCAGAACAAGGAGGAUCGUCAGAAAAAUUUGCAACUUCAGUUUGCUAAUUUCAAGAUAGUCCCAGUGCAGCAUGCAGUAUCUCAUGAUAGUAUUCCAGCAGCAUACCAUGUGCCAAAUUAUGACUGGUUUCAAAAUCAGAUGCACGUAAAUCCAGUCUAUCUUUGUCAGCAGAAUGGGAUGGUUCAUUUCCUUGGGACCCAAGCUUUGUUAUUUCAGAUCCCUCAUCAAUGGAGGCAGCUGGAUCAUAGAAGUUCUAGCUCUGUGAACAAGUUUACUCAGCCUGUGCAAACAAGCAAUACUUCAUUUUUUUCUCAAUUCCUUUAUCCUCUUCACAAAAUGUAUCAUCCUCUGCCAAGCGCACAAUAUAUGGAGAUAAAUGGAAAUGGGCAUUACGGAAACGUGAAUGACGGUUCUAAUUCUUCAAGGGGGUCACGGAAGACUUUGUAUUAUAAUGAUCGGUCUGUCAUCAACCAAUAG